AUGCCGAAGAGAAAGUUGGCGAGGAAUGUUUCCAUCAUAGAGACCCCGCCCAAAUCUCCCAAUGUCACUUUGCUGAACCAGUCACUCCUCUUACUGGAAAUCCCUGCUGACACCAACACCAGCCUCCCCGUGUGGGAGGCCAUAAGAUCCCAGCAGGUUGGAAUAGUCUGGACCGUCAACCCCUACAGCAUCAGCGUUCAUUUAACCCCUUUGACCUCGAAGCAAGACAAUACUACAACUUCCAGCCAAAGUGAAGGCAUGCCCAGUGUGGCACAGACCUCAGCACCUUCCACUAGCAUCCCGCAGCCUCAGGUGGUCAUCCAGUCCGUUAGUCAGCAGCAUGGCUCCCCCCAGAACACCUCCUGUGUCCUGCUCACCUUCUCUCAAAACAGCCCCCAUCCACUGCCGAGCCCUCCCGGUAAACCACGGAAUAUACCUCCAAACCCUGUGCAGGCAGCCACCUCCCUCAUCAUCUCCUUUCCUCUCAUCAUCAACCAACCACAGCAUGCCCCUCAGCCCAGCACCCCUACCCAGGAAAGGGUCCCACCCGCCAUCCAGACCCCGACAGCCACCCCUACCAAGUUGCAAUCCCCGUCCAAAGUGCCCGUCCCGUCUCCGUUCCACACAAAGUGCACCUCCGACGUUGAGAUCUGUGACAACUUCCUCCUGGGUUUGUGUCGUGCGGGGAAAAGGUGUAAGAUGCACCACACUCCCUACCCUUUUUACUGGCAGCUGUGGUGUGUGAUCACCCACCAGUGGGUCAGCAUCCCCCUUCACUCUCAGGUCUUACUGGAAAGACUCUACAGCAAUGUGAACCAAGAGGUGGUUUGCCUUAAGGAUGGGCAUCUCCGCUACAGUCUGAACUUUGAAGAGAUGGAGUUGGACGACUCAUCCAAGUAUGACGGGGUUAGACGGCUGACGAACUCUGACAGUCUGGUUAGGAACCCUUACUUUCCCAGCGUGUGGAAGAUCUACUGGUGGAACAACUUUGACUGGGAAGAGUACAGCAAGAAUUUGUCCACCUGCCUGCUAAAGAAGAUGAGCCAAAAGGAACCUGAAUGGUCCUUCUAUAUCGGCUCGCAAGAGUACAAGGUAGACUUCACCGCCAUGAUCCAGACUAACCUCACCACAGGGUUCCAGAGGCACGUCCGGUGCAGACCCUUCUACCGAUCCCCCGACUCCAUGCAGCCUUACCUACAGACAGGAAUCCAGACAGACCCCACCAAACCUCCAGCGGCCCACUUCAGCGUGGACCCCCUGGUGGAGUUCAGCUCCUGGUAUCCUCCUGUGUGGUGUGUGACCCCGGAGCAGGACUACAGCCUGGUGGACGUUCCAGCCAGCACAGAGGCCUACAAGAGGGUCAAAAACCUCUUCUAUGAGAGCCUGCCUGAGUCUGAGGUGGACAUCAUCAGCAUCCAACAGGUCCAGAACCUGCUCCACUGGGACAAGUACCAAAGGCACAAGGCACACAUGCAGAAGCAGCACACCAAGUUUAAGGAGCCUCUUGAGAGACAUCUCUUCCACGGGACGACCGAAGAAGCCUCAGAGGACAUCUGCCACAACAACUUCGACCCUCGCAUGGCCGGCGUCAACGGUACGUCCUACGGUUUUGGCUCCUACUUCGCCACGACCGCCUCCUUCUCCAAGACCUAUUCGAGCAAGGCUGGGCCAAACGAGGUUCGCCACAUGUUCCUGGCCAAAGUCCUGGUGGGGAAGGUGAGCGUUGGAAGGUCCCACUACCGCCGGCCGCCACCGCUCAACUCCAAAAUGAGGCAGUACCAUCUCUAUGAUGCCUGUGUGGACAGCCUGGACAAACCCUCCAUGUUUGUAGUUUUUGAUAGCUGUCAGUGCUACCCGUACUACCUCAUCCAGUACAAAGACCUGCCCAGAGAGAUUGAUAUUUGAUGGCUUUUGAUAGCAGGGGAGUUUGUUCAAGUUAAAAUAAUGUGCAGUGAAGUUAUAGAUAUUCAAAUUCAUCAAGUUCUUUAUUUUUUAAAUUGUCUUUAUUUUGGUUAUUCAAACAUUUUCCAUCAGAAAUAAGUACUUUUGUUUUUUCUCUCAAAUGUGUUCUGAAUCAAAUUGACAUCUGUCAUGUUUAUGAAAAUAAGCUGUUCACUGAAUACAUUCAUCUCACCGUGUUUUAAUAUGAAGUUUGAUCAUCCGUCGUUAUAGUUUCAUCUGUUAAAAUACAUAUACCUGAUUGUAUGUUUUUUGAAAUGCCACACUGGAAUGUGUUUCAUCAAAGUGUCUUGUAGUAAAAGCGUAUACAUUUCAAAAUAUUUUCAAAAAAUCUCUUUUCUCUCUUCAAAACUCCAUUAUACACAAAAUGACAAAACAGAA